AGUUACAAUUUACCUAAAGUUUAAUAACGACAAGUAACUACCUAUACAUAUUUGCAAAUAAACUUAUUAGUACUGCAUUUCGACUUAUCAUAUUCUAUUACUUGUUUUUAGUGUUGAGUAUCAUAAUUCUACCGAAAAUGAACACAGAAGAAAAUAAAACGGAAACAUCUGAAAUGCUGUCAACAAGAGAUAAUAUAUCGGGUUUUUUCAUAGACGAUUACUCACAUCUAAGGCUAUCUUAUCACCAACCACACUUCAAAACGUCUAACGUAACAUCUAGUGACUCGGCCGUUUCGAAUAGUGAUAGCUCCUUUGGAUUUAAUAGUUGUGAUACAAUUGAAACCAACUUAAGCGAAUGCGUCAAAGACUCAGAUGAAAAACAGAAAAUGCGGGAGUACUACAUAUCUCAAUUGCCAGAUUUGCCGCAUCCUUCAUUCACUGUAGCUUCUAUUAUAGCAACUGCCUCACAGAAAGCAGGGUCUCAAUUCAGAUAUAAUAAUAGAAUUGAACAAGGGAAAAAAAGAGAACGUGCAGUAGAUCUGGAGUUCUUGCCGAAACGUAGGUCAACUUUGAAAUGUACAGAGCUACCUAAAUAAUAUUUUGUUUAAUUAUAUAUUUUUUAUCCUAGCAUAACAAAGAUACAUUUUAAUUCGUUGGUUGCUUUAUUGAUGUUUUAUUAGAUUUUUUUUAUAUUUCAAUAAAUUAUAAUAAAUAAAUACUAAAAUAAAUGCUUGUA